GCCGCUUAUACCAAUGUGGCAACGCCAAGCUAUGCGAUUAAAUACUACUUAUGUUUUUGUCACUGUUUGAAUUAUUAAUAAAAUGUCGUUUUCAAGCGCUGGUGAAUUCCGCGUAGUUCUACAGCAAUAUAAAUACGGAUCGCAUCAAAUAUUCUGCAUCAUCAAGAUACUGCCAGACACGGUCAGUUUUUUCGAAAAGGAGCCGGAAAAUGACUUCAACUGGAUGACGGCCGCUCGCUGGACAAAACUUGAGAGCGCCUUAUGGCGUCUGUUUGCCAGCCUCAAUAAUUGGGAUGAAGAUGCACGCAAGCUAAAUACCCAAAUGCUCAUAGAUCACAUAAAAGUGUCGGUCAGCUGGUCCGAGGAAUUGCUGCCAGCGGCACAGAAGCUCUUGCAGGAUGAGGUGCUAGCCCAAAAUGAUCUUGGCCUGGAGAUUGUGCUGCGGUAUAUGUCACACGAGGACAAAACAGUUGUUGACUCACAGGCGAAAAAACGCAAGCAUACCGACAAAGUAAGAACCACCCCGCUGGAGCACAGCGCCGACAAUGCCGACAAAGUCAGGGCGGCUGGUUCCAACCCUUCCAGCAAAAAGAAGUCAGCAGCAAAAAUCAGUAAUUCCGAACCAACGCAGCCGUCAGAAGAGGCGUCCGUAAGCAAACGUCCGUGCGAAACGACGAGCAGAAAACGUGAGCGUAGAUCAAUAUCCCAAGGUAGUCAUAGUAUCAAAGAUGUGCCGCCAACUUCAACGAUUGAACAGACUUCAUCUCGUAAUCGUACGGACAAACGCACGAAGAGUCCAACUUCGCGUGCGAACUCCGCUGAGCCAAAGGCGGAACGGCGUUCAGCUCGCUCUCCGGUGCGACCAGGUCGUUAUAAUGAAUUUGUUUUGAGCGACAAAGUUACGCGUAAGGUUAAACAGAAAAGAACUGACAGCGACUCCAGCUCUGAGAAAGGACCAAGCCAAAGUGCAACUAACAACAAGCACAAACAAACAGUUGCCAAUGGAAAUGCAGCUCAUUCAGGCUCACAAAACUGGAAAUUUGAACAGCUCGAUGGAGCGCGCAUUAAUAAGGCUGCGAUCAAGCAACUGAACGAUAUGCUUGACAUACCCAAGCCCCGUAAAGUUAAGAUUCUUCUGCUUAAGGAUAUGGACGAGGCGACAGUUCUUAAAACAUUCGAGGCAUAUCGGAUAGACUUUGAUCGACUAUUCAAGGAGCGGGAGCAUAAGUACCAGACAACCAGCUAUAUGACCAUCGAUCACUGCCACAUUAUGGAUAUAUUAACAAAACCGAUACGCGACAGCAUGAUUAAGAAACUGGGCGAGGCAUAUAGCAAAUCGGGCCCGCACGGUUCGCUGGUUAUAAAUGGCCUACUGCCGCUUUGGAUAAUUCGUCUGUUUAUGGACAGGUAUCACUUAACGCAGAAGGAGGCAGUGCAUCAAAUUGCGGAUCAACUUAAGUACAACACAUACCUCAAAGCGCUCAAUAAUGAGCCACUUAGCUCGGAUUUGGAAGACCUAUAAAAUUUAACACUAGAUAAUUAUACAUGUAUUUAAAUUUAUUUGGAAUCUUUACUCUGUUACGCAUUCAAUUCAUUUAUAUAUCUCAUUUGUUUAAAUAUAUUAAAUCAAAAUGUAGCUUUUUUGAGCCGUACAACAAA